UACAUAUUCUCGAUUGCAAUGGAUGGCUCCUUAACACAUAACAGCAGUGAAAUUGACGAGGCCUCUUCCUCUGUUAGCCAAGAAAUUAAAAUUGCAAUUUCAGAAGAUGAAUUUUCCCAAGAAGAUCAGUACUUGGAUGAGAAUCGAAUACCUAGAGUUCCCCAUCAUCUUCGAUUCAGAAAGUUACAAGAGGAGGAGGAUUACUACACUCCUAAGAUGGUUUCAUUUGGCCCUUAUCAUCAUGGCUUACCUGAACUCCGUGUGUCAGAAAAAUUCAAGCAUGCAGUUCUGCAAAAAUUUGUUUCAAGCAUCUGUGCGGACAUCUACAACAAGAUUUUUAAAGAAAUCGACCAGAGUCGAAGACGUAAGAGAACUGCGUGAAAAGAAGAUAAUCUUCAGCAACCUCGAGACUGAUGAACAAGUUUUGAAGGUAAUAAAGGAAAUUGAUACUGGCGGAGUUCACAGUGCUCCAUUCAUAGAUGGCGAAGUGAAAAAGAAAAUUGAGGAUCACUGCAGCAGCAAAGCUAGAACAUGGAUUGCUGAGUUUAUUCACACUUAUUUCCGCAGUCCAUGGACUCUUAUUGCCUUAAUCACGGCGAUUUUUCUUCUUUGCUUAACUGUUGUCCAGACCUAUUACGCGAUGCAUCCUGCAUCUCCCGCUCCUUCACAUUCUCCCCGUUAAACGACAAAUGUGUGCUAUCUUCUGUUCCUUCACUCUUUCUUUUACUUGCAUUUCAUUGUCUUGAUUCAAUUGUGUCCUUGUGUGAUAAGUGUGAUGUUAUGACAAUGUUUUAUUUCAUUGACUUAUUUAA